AUGGAGGCGGAAGGGUGGACGGAGGUGUGGACCGGUCCCCAUGGAACCCAUGGAUGGCGACCAAGAACGUGGACCGGAUCCAGGAACCCACGGACCGACGGGUGUGAACCGGACCGGCCCCAGGAACCCAUGGACCGGCCGAUGGACCGACCAUGGAACCCACGGAGGCGGCGGAAGGACGGACUGAGCCCCAGGAACCCGGUACGGACCAUGGACUGGCCCCCAGGAACGGCGGAGGCGGAGGUGGAUCAGGAAACCGGACGGGCGGACCCAGGAAACCGGUCUCCAGGAAACCGACGGAGGUAUGGCGCCGAUGGACUGGAACCCAGGAACCCACCGGAACCCGCGGAUGGACCGGUGGACAUGAAACCCAACGGAAGGUGGAAGCGGUGGACCGGACCGGAUGGAACCCAAGGCGGAUGGACGGGACCUGGAACGCGGCGGAGUGGCUGGAUGGACCGGAGGCCCCAGGAACCCGGAUGGACGGCAUGGACCUCCAGGAACCCGGAUGGAGGCAUGGAUGGACCGGAAACCCAUGGAACGGAGUGGAGGACCGGAGGAACGCAUGGAACCCAUGGCAUGGACCGGAGUGCCCCAGGAACCCAUGGAGGUACGGCGGGCGUGGAUGGACCGGAGCCCCAGGAACCCACGGAUGGAUGGAAGGUGGACCCAGGAAGGUGGACCGACCCAGGAACGCAUGGAGGCCGAUGGACCGGAGCCCCAGGAACCCAUGGCAUGGGGCGGACAACGGACCGGCUCCCCAGGAACCCAUGGAGGUGGACGGGUGGAGGGACUGGACCCCAGGAACCCAUGGAGUAUGGAUGGUGCGUGGAUCCGGCCCCAGGAACCCAUGGCGGUGGCGUGGACCGGCCCCCAGGAACCCAUGGAGGCAUGGACGGACCGGACUGGACAUGGACCGGUCCCAGGAACCCAUGGAGGCACGAUGGACCAGGGAAUGGUGGACCGGACCCCAGGAAACCCAAAGGAGUGGACCGGUCCAGGAACCGGAAGGAUGGGACGGUAGGGAACCCAGUGGAGGUACCAGGUGGAUGUGGCAAGGAUGGACUGGCCCCAGGAACCCAUGGAGGGCCGGGGCCAAGGAACGGUGGUGGACCGGACCCACGGAAGGAUGGCGGACUGCCCCAGGAACCCAUGGAGGCAUGGAUGUGGACCGGCCCACAGGAACCCAUGGAGGGUGGCGGAUGGACCGGCCCCAGGAACCCAUGGAGGUAA